AUGGCUCGCCACGGGGAUACUCGCUCACCAUCUCCUGUAGGCAGCACAUACUCCUCAUCUCGCCGGAUUCGCAGAGAGGAUGAUCGCUACGACAGAACCAGACGGGAUGAAGGACGCGGAUCUCGCAGGUCCCGCAGCCCAGAGGUAGGUGGCAACCGAGUCCGCCAGUCAAUAUUGAAAGUUCACCAUCUAACCCACAACCUGAUACUGCAGCGGCGAUACCGUGAUCGCGAACAUGGCCGGGACAAAGAUGGCUAUCGACGCCGUGACCGCUCGAUAGACCGACGUGAUGAAGACAGCUACCGACCCAACCGACGAGAUCGGUCUCGCGAACGCCGACGGUCCCGAGACCGAGACGACGACCGUGAUUAUCGCCGCCGGAGUCGCGACAGAGAUUACCGAGCCAGGCGAGAUGAUUCACGCGACCGAGACCGCAGGCGCACAGAUGAUUCUGCUGAUUUGAAACACAAACCUAGACGGGGUGACAGCCGUGACCGCGGCGCAAAUCGGCGGUCCCGAUCCCGCACCCAAGAGGUGAGUCGCUGCGGACAUCCCUUCAUCAGGGGGGCGCAUGAUGCUUAUUACUUUCGGCAGCUAUCCAAACCCACAACACCCGCCCCCGCCGCCCAGACCGACGAGCAGAAAAAGGCCGAGAGACUUGCAAAACUCGAGCUGUGGAAGGCGAAACAGGCGGCGGAGCGGGAACGGAAGCAACAAGAGCAGGCAGCGGCUGGUGGUGGACGUGGGAUUCUGGAUGCGAUUGACCGGAAGUCAGGCCUGCCCCCUGCUCUAGGCUCUCCCAAACCUCCGGGAACCCCUACCGACUCGCCCGCUCCUUACGCCGGCAAAUUUGACCCCAAGGCCAUUGCCAAGAAUGCGGCAUCAACUUCAGCAUCAACAACAGCCGCGACCGCUGUACUUGGAACUGACGUUGCGGUCCCGCAAACUGCCAAAGCUCCGGUGAAGCCGUCUGUAAGGCCCGCUGAUUCUGCGUCUGCGCCUUUGAAGGCUAAGGGCAACCUGAGUGGAUUUGGUUUGGGUGCCAAGCAAGCAUUUGAGACCGACAAACCCUCGGCUACUCGAACAUUAGGCUUCGGUGAGGAGGAGUCCACUCGCAAGAAACUGGAGAGGCUACCGACUCCGCCGCUAGAUGACGGCAAAGACACCUUCACUGGCGCGGAUGACGCUGGUGAUGAUGAUGAUGUCGAUAUGCAAGAUGGCGAUAACGAGGAAGAAGCUGCAGCUGCCGCGCGGGCCGCCGCGGAACGGCGAGAAGAGCGGCUUCAAAACCAACAGCCUGAAGCGAAUGGCGAUAUCCACAUGGAAGAUACCUCCAAUCAGGAGGCUGACGCUACCGAGAUGGAGGUCGAUCAAGCUGAGGAAGUCGAUCCUCUGGAUGCAUUCAUGUCAGACCUUGCAGAUACUGUUCCGCCUAGGAAGACGUUUGGUGCCCAGUUCUCGAAAAAGAAAACGACUGAACAGCCCCAAGCUAUCUUUGGCGAUGAGGAUGAUGUGGAUAUCACAGCUGUAGGCGACGAUGAUGCAGACGAUGUUCUUGCCAUGGCAACCAAGAAAAAGAAGAAAGAAAUUCCUGUAAUCGAUCACGCUAAAGUCGAGUACGAACCCUUCCGCAGGAACUUCUACAAUGAGCCUUCACAUCUUACCGAUAUGACUGAAGAGGAGUUGGCAACCCUGCGUCAUGAACUAGACGGUAUCAAAGUACGCGGCCAGGAUAUUCCCAAGCCUGUCCAGAAAUGGGCCCAGUGCGGAUUGGGCGUACAGACACUGGAUGUCGUCGAUCGCUUAGGCUUCGAGGGUCUCACUUCCGUUCAAGCCCAAGCCAUUCCUUGUAUCAUGUCCGGUCGUGACGUGAUUGGUGUUGCAAAGACUGGUUCCGGAAAGACCAUGGCCUUCCUUAUCCCUAUGUUCCGACACAUCAAGGACCAAAGGCCGCUGAGCAAUAUGGAGGGUCCUAUUUCUUUGAUUAUGACGCCGACCCGUGAGCUUGCCACACAGAUCCACAAGGAUUGCAAACCGUUCUUGAAGGCGCUUGGUCUUCGUGCGGUGUGCGCGUACGGCGGCGCUCCCAUCAAAGAUCAGAUUGCUGAGCUGAAGCGUGGUGCGGAGAUUGUUGUGUGUACCCCCGGUCGAAUGAUUGAUCUACUCGCUGCGAACGUCGGCCGAGUGACCAACCUCCGCCGCGUAACGUACGUGGUGCUCGAUGAAGCAGAUCGUAUGUUCGAUAUGGGAUUUGAGCCACAGGUGAUGAAGAUUUUGGCAAAUGUUCGACCAGAUCGGCAAACCGUGCUCUUUUCAGCGACUUUCCCUCGUAACAUGGAGGCACUCGCACGAAAGACACUGAAGAAGCCUAUCGAGAUUAUAGUUGGCGGUAGAAGUGUCGUGGCGCCGGAGAUUACACAGGUCGUCGAGGUCCGCAACGAGGAUCAGAAAUUCGUUCGCCUUUUGGAAUUGCUGGGCAAUUUAUACUCUGAUGACUCGAAUGAGGAUACGCGGGCGCUGAUCUUUGUCGACCGUCAGGAGUCUGCUGAUAACCUGCUGAAGGAGCUGAUGCGAAAGGGAUACCCGUGCAUGUCCAUCCACGGUGGAAAGGAUCAAAUAGAUCGCGACUCCACUAUUGAAGACUUCAAGGCUGGUAUCUUCCCUAUCCUGGUUGCAACCUCCGUUGCCGCUCGUGGCCUGGAUGUUAAGCAGCUGAAGUUGGUUGUCAAUUACGAUGCUCCUAAUCACUUGGAAGACUAUGUCCACCGUGCAGGCCGAACCGGACGUGCAGGGAACACUGGUACUGCCGUCACAUUCCUCACUGAGGAUCAGGAGCGGUACUCCGUGGACAUUGCGAAGGCCCUUAGACAGAGUGGGCAGGAAAUUCCUGAGCCCGUGCAGAAGAUGGUCGACGCGUUCUUGGAGAAGGUCAAGGCUGGCAAAGAAAAAGCCAGUGGCUCUGGGUUUGGCGGUAAAGGCCUGGAACGGCUUGACCAGGAGCGUGAAACCGCGCGUAUGCGCGAGCGUCGAACAUACAAGACCGGCGAGGAAGGUGAGGACGAUGAGGAGAAGGAUGAGAAGGAGAAGAAGGCCGAUGAUGAGCGCUUCAAUAAGGCUCUUUCCUCGGUGCAGUCUGCUGCUGCUCCAGCACCAGCUCCCCUCGUUGGUGUUCCCAAGGGUAUCGACCUGGACGGCAAGAUCACGGUUCACAGGACUGAGAAGGAUCCUGGCGCUGCCUCGAAGAACCCUCUGGACAAGGUUGGAUCAGCCGUUGCCGAUAUCCACGCACGUCUGAGUCGCGCGGGUGUAAUGAGGUCUGGUGUCCCCAUCGACAACCGUGGACCGGAUGCGGGCGCGUUCCAUGCCACACUGGAAAUCAACGACUUCCCCCAAAAAGCUCGUUGGGCCGUUACCAACCGUACGAACGUCGCCAAAAUUCUGGAAGCCAGCGGCACAUCCAUCACUACCAAGGGCAGCUUCUACGCAACUGGCAAGGAGCCCGGGCCGAACGAGAACCCCAAGCUGUAUAUUCUUGUUGAAGGCGAGACGGAGAUCUCCGUCACUAACGCCAUGCGUGAGCUAAUGCGCUUGCUGAAGGAGGGAACCGUGGCCGCCGCCGAUAGCGACGCGCGUGCACCGGCGAGUGGCCGGUAUAGCGUGGUCUAG